AUGGAAGUCGACUAUGGUAUAACCCAAUAUCUUGGUGACCGUAGUAUCAGUGUACCAUGUGUCAUGAAAGAACUAUAUUCGGACUUCAUUGUACAGGAAAUUUUAGAAGACGAAACUGUCCUUCGCUUAGCCACUGCGUCAGAAGUUCGCAGUUACGUGAAGGAGGAAGAAGAGAAAGGCGUUGAUGAAGCUGUUGAUGUGCCCAGUAGCUUGAGCGCUGAGCAAGUGACAGCGCUCGAUGCUUUGGACAAGAACUCAAAGCCCUAUUUGAUACCCGUUGAAGGUUUGAGUAAAGAUGAUAGAAAAGCAAUCCACGACUUUGUACGAAUGCGAUAUCAGGGGAAGUUAGGCUCAGAAACGAGCGAGAAGGGCAUCGAGAUCAGUUACUGUGGAGUAAAUAGUAGGACAAGGAAGCGAAAGAGGUGGGCAAAAGAUUGUCCUAAUCACUGUUAUUUCACAUUGGCUAAGGAGAAUAAGGAUACUAGCUAUGCGCUCGGACUUAUUGCAAAGUUCCUCAAGUGA